AUGUGGUUUUAUUAAGACGGAAUUAUGGCGUUAAUUAUUUUUCGCCUUAACAAACAAAAAUAAUUUACUACACGGUACAGGGUAGUAAAUUAAGGCCCAUGGUCGCCCUCGCCUCCCCUCCACAGCUCCACUUCUCUUCUCUCUGUGUCUCUCUGGUCAUUGAUUUGUGAAAAUGAAUAGCGCCAUGAAAGCAGCGCUGAUAAGCUCGAAAGCCAGCUGCUUUCAUUUGAGGGCAGCCCUUUUUCAUUCUACUCCUGUUCUUGAACGAAAAAGACGCAAUUACUGGGAAUCUAGAUCCAACAUUAAUUCCAAAAGGUUUAGACAGUAUACAAAAAAACAAACAUUAUUGCGGAACGUCGGUGCUUAUGCAGACUUCCUGUUUCAGAGCUGGGAGGACGAGGAUGAUAAGGAUGAGCCAUCUUCAAGUAGAGGCCCCUCGUGGAUUAAAAGGCAGUUCUCUGCUAAGGGUUCCAAAAGGGACUCGACUGGCAAUCAGGGACCCAGACGUUGGGGCAGAAGAGGUUUCCAGUUUUGUGAAGAGGAUGAUGUUGACGUUGAGACCAUUUUCAGAAGAGCAUUUGGUGGGAACCAAUUCUUCUAUUGGUCCUUCAUUAAUGAAGAGGAUCCUCAAUGGAGGGGCUCAUCAAACUACAAUCACUAUGGGAGGUCCUGGAAUUGGAGACAUCGGAAUGAAGAAACGUAUGAUUCUUCAUCUGAGUCUGAGAGUUCAGAAUCAGAUAUGGUAUCAAACAGGCUGGCCCUCGGAUUGAAUACUUCUGGUCCUCUAAAACUUGAAGAUGUUAAACAUGCAUAUCGAGCGUGUGCACUAAAAUGGCAUCCGGAUCGUCAUCAGGGCUCUUCCAAGGCUGUUGCGGAGGAAAAGUUCAAGCUUUGCAGCGCUGCAUAUCAAUCGAUAUGUGAUAAGCUGGCCUUGAAUUAAGGAUGCUUCAAGGCCUGUGUUCUUGGUAAACAGUCAACCCAAGGAUGCUAAUCUAGACCCAUCUUAGUAUUGCUGAUCACUUUUUUUUUUUUUUUUCAUUAAUCCAAUUCUGUAGUCAGGAUUAUUAUUAUUAUUAUUAUUAUUUUCAAUUCAAGAAGACAUUGUUGGAAUAGCCACUAUGGCUUCUUCCCAGUGGCAUGUGAUUCUGGGUUGCCAGAUGUAUUAAUUCAUGUUCUUAUAUCUUUACAAGGAUGUAAUCUAUCCCCUUUUUGUGCUGUAACUUGUAUAUUUGCUUUAAGCUUGAAGGCAUAAAUCAUUUAGGAGAAUAAAAUUGAUAAUUUACAGUUAUAUUCA